UCCUCUUUCCUCUCUCGCGCAGCCAACACGGCCCCUUCAAAAGGCAUGUCAGGAUUCACCACACCACAAUGGAUUGCAUUUACCUUCCUGGGGGUGGUAAUAGGUUGUCUCUUUUGCUUCGCCCGCUCGGAUUCAAAGCACAUCGGAACAAGCGAAGCGCAACGUGGCGGCACAGACCAGGAACAAGACCAUCAUGCCACCGGGGCGAGGUCGGAGACCAAUGUUCGCCUCGCGUACCACGAGGCCGCCGUGCAGAACGGAGGGCAGGUGCCUAGGGGAUCUUCCGCCUCCGUUGUGGCGAGAAACGCUGCAACGCCGGCAGUCCGAGAGGCAUACCAACGGCACGGCGGGUACGUGCCGAAGGGAAGUCCUGCUGCCGUCAUGCAGUCCGAGGAGGCGGUGCGGAUGCGGCCCCGGCCGGCAUCGAACAGCUCCUUCACGUUCGGUAGUGACUUUUCCCCUGCAGGAUCCGGUCAAUAGGCGCCAGCGGUAGACUAGGCUUCAGCCAUUGGAAACGCUCGACGCAAUUUACAAGUAACCUUCGGCAUCAUCGGUCGAUAUGUGCCAAUCAUUGCCACGAAUUGUUUUGUGUGAAUCGGGGCCCUGUGCUGUGUCUGUCCGUCAGAGUGCUUGCAGUAUUCACUCUCGCUGUCAGGGGUGACGCCAUAGAUGUGUGCAGUGAAGUUGCCUUGAUUGGCUGUUCUCCCCACCUGUCUCUUUCUACACCCUCCGUUUCUCGUAUAUUCCUUGCAUUACUCUGUUUUUUAAAGCAACGCGUCGUGUUCCUUGGAUUAUGUAUACUUUUUAACGUGUUGUGUUCAGUGUAGUAUGGAGCCGCGAGAACUUUUCAGCGUUCUGGUCGCUUAUGGUAAACCAGCAUCCAGUCGUUGGUGCUGUGGCAGACAAGCGUUGUUUUCUUCCAUCCAAAUUGUUUCACGUUCUGCCGCGUGGCUGUAUUUUUUUUUGGUCGCCCCCCCCCCGGAAAACAACUUAUUCAAAAUACCCUUUUUGUUGACGAGCAGGGUUGGUUGCGCGGUCUGCCGCUGUGU